AUGGAUACAUUCAAAUAUGACAAUAUUAGUACAACAAUCCAAGGGUUAUCUCUCACCAGCAUCGCGUCCGCGAAAUUGGCUGUCGAUUGUGCAUGGGAAAAGGUCGGGGAUCAAGUCGCAAGUGUUUGGGCCUGUACUCCUGAUCACAAAACUUACACUGCCCUCCCAGAGUCGGAGCUAGACUGCAAGUCGGGUGAAACAAUGACGUGUUGUGUACCGAACAAAGAAAUGAGCAAUAAGAACUGCAAGGAUCUCCCCUACAUUCCCCCGGGCCCUAAGAAUGCUCUCAGCUGUGUCGACAAGAAGCUUAUUAAUGGUACCCCGGCUCCUAACAUGAACUGCAAGGAUAAAAAUGGUCACUACAGCCUGAAACCUCAGACUGGCUGCAAAGCAGACGAGAAGACUACGUGCUGCAUCACUCUUCCCAAUGGUCAAGUCCCGGAGCCAAAAGAUUGCUUCGAUGUUUACCCAACCAACGGAGCCCUUUAGUACGAUCCUUGGGCCUUUGGGGAUCGGACGCCUCCGUUCUGUCGAGGUGAUCUUUCCCUGGAAUAUGUAGGAAUCGCACAUCGCUCAAAUUAUUUUUCCGGUCUCAUUAAGAACACUAUAAGAUCCAUUGCUCUUCCGUAUUUCCCUUUGAUUUGGAGUUAGGCAACGUGUAAGCUCGC